AAACAUUGAGAUAAAAUGGUGAAAUUUUUCCACAGAUUGUUGGAUAAAGUUGAGAAGGAACCCGAGCUGAAGGAGAAUGGCCGACAGUUUGUCCUGUCUGUCACCAACCUACUGGAGAGGCUGCUGGACUAUAGGCAAGUUUGUGGAGGGAGGACUACAAGAGCAGUCACAUGAAAUGUACCUUCAAUAUACUGAAUUUUUACAAGGACAACACAAACAAAGAAGAGAUGUACAUUCGGUACAUUAAGAAGCUGUAUGACCUUCACCUUGCUGCCCAGAAUUACGUGGAGGCGGGGCUGACCCUGAAGCUGUACGCCCAGCUGUUACAGUGGAGGGACACGAUGAGGAAGGAGGAGCUAGACUACCCCAACCAACCAGAGUGGGAGAGGAAGGAGAGGGUCUACCUACAAAUCAUGGACUGCUUCGACAAGGGCAAGGUUUGGGAGUAUGGUAUUCCUUUGUGUAAAGAGUUGGCAGAGGUCUACGAGAAAAAGUUUGAUUACAGGAAGCUGAGUAAUGUUCUGGCAAUUAAAGAUAAAAUGUAA